GCCUCCGACGACCUCGCUGCCGCCGUUCCCGCGGCAGAAGACGAGACGUACGGUUUCAAGAGAUCGGAGAUGUUCAAGGAAAAGCUUGCCGGCACAGUCAACGCCUACGACCGCCACGUCUUCCUCUGCUACAAGAGCCCCGAGGCCUGGCCGUCGCGCGUCGAAGGCUCUGAGUCCGAUCCGCUCCCUAAGUUCUUCGCCUCCGCUCUCAAAGCUCGCAAGAACGACAUCGCCGUUAAGACGUUGCUGACGGUAAUUGAAGGACGCGAAGGAACUGAGUUUUCCGACGGCGAUGUGCUGAUUUUCCCGCAAAUGAUCAAAUACAAGGGCUUGAAAGAGUCGGAUGUGGACAGCUUUGUUGAUGAUGUCCUUGUGAGUGAUAAACCAUGGGCUUCUGGAGUGCAAGAGGCCUUGACUGGCUCCCAUGUAUUUGUAUGUGCACAUGGUAGUCGAGAUAAAAGAUGUGGUGUUUGUGGACCUGUUCUGAUUGAUAAGUUCAAAGAGGAGACUGAGUUGCGAGGACUGACGAAUCAGGUGUUUGUUAUUCCUUGCUCUCACAUUGGAGGCCACAAGUAUGCUGGAAACUUGAUUAUUUACAGCCCAGGUUCAGAUGGAAGCAUAACAGGCCACUGGUAUGGCUAUGUCACUCCUGAUGAUGUGCCGGAAUUGCUUGAUCAGCAUAUUGGGAAGGGAGAGAUCAUAGAGCGACUUUGGAGGGGCCAAAUGGGAGCAUCUUCUGAUGAAGCUAUAAAAGUAAAUGGCCAGAGGCUUCCAAAUGGAGGAGAAAGUAAGAAAAUCGAGGAGAAGCCCCAAGAAAAUGGCAACCAGACUCACCAAGAAAACGUCGAUCAGAUUCAGAGUAAUGAGAACUUUUCGGGCUGUUGCCAGGGUGCUGAUAGUAAUGGAUUUACAUGCUGCAAAGAAGUAAGUUUGGAGCAGAAAGGUGGAAGUGAGGAAAAGAAGCUGAAAGAGACCACAGAGGCGUGUGCCAGGAAACAUGCCUCGGGGAAGCUGUCAAGCUUGAUUGGGAAAUGGGAGCAAAGUGAUGUUCUUGCAGCUGCUGCGGUGGUUGGAGCAGUGGCAACAGUGGCUGUGGCCUACAGCUUUUAUAGAAGGUCAGGCUGAAACGUAAUCAAAUCCUUGUUGGGUUUUGCCACCGGCAUAGAGACCCUAUUUUCUUGUAGAAAGAUGUUAUAAACGUCAGUUAAAUAAUCCUCCGAGCCAUUCUCUUAUAUGAAAGGAGAAUGUACACUAUACGUUAUUUUUCGGAGGGUGGGAUGAAUCCCCGAAGCUAAGCCAUAUACAGUAACAAAAAUAUUCACUGUUCUUUUCCGUAGAUUGCUUACACAACUGAAAUUCGUUGUUCCAAUAUACUGUUGAAUGGUUUUGUCUUAACAGUGAGAUAUUUGUAUGAAACUGCUUGCUAAUUGUUGAUGCGGUAUUUUCUA